UUGACUAGAGUGCUGCACCUGCUUGCGGCAGAGUACAAUCGCGGCCGCAUAUCGUCGGGCGUCUUUCUCGACAUCGAGAAGGCGUUCGACCGGGUGUGGCACAUAGGACUACUAUACAGGCUGGAAGAACAGACCAGUGUCCCUCCUGCUAUAUUGCGGUUAAUGGCGUCUUUCCUGGAAGACAGGAAGUUCUACGUCAGCGUAGAGGACGCCGAAUCCGCAACACGAACCAUUAAAGCCGGCGUCUCACAGGGCAGCUGUUUGUCUCCAGUCCUGUACGCGGCUUACACCAAUGACAUACUGCACAGUGUAGCAGGCAGGCUUCAAGAGUGGGAGGACGACGUUGAGCUGGCGCUAUACGCGGACGAUAGCGCCUAUUUCACCUCGUCCAGAAGAGCCCACAUAGCCACUGCCAAGAUGCAGCGUCUGCUGGACCUGCUGCCACCAUGGCUGGGAUGA